AUGGUUAUUGGAAGAAAACAGGCAAUGUGGGAUCACUCAAUCAUGAUGGAGUUAUUGUGGACUAACAUUCCAGUCCUUUACGAAGCGGUAAUGGCUACCUCCUUGCCUCCAGAUUUACAGAUGGCGUUGAACUCCCCCGAUCCACGCGCUGUCCUACAACUCUCACAACACACUCCAUCGUUCCUAGCAAGCCACCCUGCGCAACAACCUUCGUUCCCUUUUUCUAUGUUCACAACUUCAGAGACCCCCGAACUAUGGUUAACAUACGAACAACUAUUUCUGGCUUGCGUGAGGACGGGGGAUGACGAUUCUGCGCGCCAAUGCUUGGAGCGGCUAUCAAAACGCUUUGGGCCUGCCAAUGAACGCAUUAUGGCUCUCAAGGGCGUCUACGAGGAGGCGCUUGCAAAGGAUCGAGAUGCCCUCGAAGAAAUCCUUACAGGUUACGAAAAAGUGCUCAAGGAGAACCCAGUGAACGUGCCAAUUUUAAAACGACGCAUUGGACUCUUACGAUCUAUGUCGCGGCCAGUGGAUGCGAUAUCUGCCCUAGUAGAUUUUCUCGAUGUAUUCCCGACGGAUGCAGAAGCGUGGUGUGAACUUGCCGAUCUCUACCAAGCCCAGGGAAUGAGUAUGCAGGCUAUCUUUUGUUUGGAAGAGGCUCUUUUGGUGGCACCAAAUGCGUGGAACCUUCAUGCAAGGCUGGGUGAAGUAGAGUACAUUUCAUCGACUUCAUCGGACAGCCAAGAGAUGACAGUGAGACUACUGGCCGAUAGCGUCCGCCGGUUUUGCCGAAGCAUUGAGCUGUGCGAUGAUUACCUUCGCGGCUAUUAUGGACUUAAAUUGAGUACGAGCCGCCUGUUGGAUAAGCUAUCGACAAAGGCCGCUACCCAACCCAAGGGGGGUGAUCACAAUCUGCCCACGCAAGAGACACUCACGAAACUGCAGACCCUGUCGACUAAAAAGUUACACGAGAUUGUACAUUCAAGAUCAGCCGAUAUCAGGUGUCGGGAGAUGAACCAGAGCGAGCUAACUGCGGCCCAAGAAUUGCUUGACCGAGAGGCCAAGUAA